AUGACGACUCCUGCUCCAGAGACAACCGUCAUCAGUGAGCAGCCCUCUGAUGACGUCGCCCCACAGGCCGUCGAGAUCAGCGAAGAGGUGUUCAAUGGACCUAUUACGCUAGAAACCGUCUAUGUCAAAUGGGACGUGGACAAUGGCAGAGAUCGCCCAGUCAACGUGCCCAUGAGCACCGGCACCCCACUGGAUGGUUCUCCCAAGAUCCAGGGCAUCGAGAUCAAGGCCGGUCAAAAUGUGAGGCUCAAUGCCUGGGCUGAUACCUGGGCGAAUGGCAACCCGAGCCUGGGAGUUGAUGGGCCUACCAAUGGCAAGAUCAAGGUCGAUCCUAAGCGUCGACUUGGCUUCUACAUCGUGGACCCGCGAUGA